AUGACAAUUGCAAGUAACAAAACAUUAUGUUUCAUAUGUAAUGAAGAAAAAAUAACACAUCCUUGUAAAGGAUGUUCAAAAGAAUUUUGUUUUAAGGAUUUAGCAGAACAUAAGCAAAUAUUAAAUGAUGAAUUAGAUCAUAUCGUCAAUGAAUAUAACGAAUUUGAAAAAACGAUUGAUGAACAAAAACAAAAUCCAUCAAAUCAUUUAUUAAUGAAAAAAAUUGAUCAAUGGGAAAUCAAUUCAAUUGAAAAAAUUAAAGAAAAAGCACAACAUUGGAGAGAAGUUGUUCUGGAAUAUUCACCAACACUUAUUAGUGAUGUUGAAAAGAAGUUUAAUGAUUUAACGGAACAAAUAAAACAAAUUCGUGAAGAAAAUGAAUUUAACGAAAUUAAUUUAAGUUAUUUAAAAAAUCAAUUGAAGAAAAUUACAGACGAACUCAAUAAUCCAUCAAGUAUUUCUCUUCAACAAAAUUCAAAACUGUUUAUUAAUGAUAUUUCCAUUUUCAUAUCAAACAAACCAAAUCUGAACAAAUGGGAACAAACUGCCAUCACCGUGGCUGGUGGAAAUGGCCUAGGACAACAAUUAAAUCAACUUAGUAGCCCUUAUGGAAUCUUCAUUGACAAAAAGAGAAAUAUUUUCAUUGCUGAUUACCGGAAUCAUCGUAUUGUUGAAUGGAAAUAUAAUGCAAGGAAAGGACAUAUCAUUGCAGGUGGAAGUGGCAAUGGAAGUCGAAUUAAUCAAUUGAAUCGACCCACAGAUGUGCUUGUUGAUCAACAAUAUUAUUCGAUCAUCAUUACUGAUCAUGGGAACAGACGAGUGAUUCAAUGGUGGAAUCAAUACCAACAAAUUCUCAUUGACAAUAUUGACUGUUGGGGUUUGGCAUUGGACAAAAAUGGAUAUCUUUAUGUUUCGGAUUGGAAGAAGAAUGAGGUGAGACGAUGGAAAAUGGGUGAAUACAAUGAAGGAAUUGUAGUAGCAGGUGGAAAUGGAGAAGGAGAUCAACUCAAUCAACUCGAUUUUCCUACUUAUAUCUUUGUUGGUGAAGAUGAAUCUGUUUAUGUAACAGAUUUGAAUAAUCAUCGUGUGAUGAAAUGGAUAAAAGAUGCAAAAGAAGGAAGAAUUAUAGCUGGAGGACAUGGUCAAGGACGAGAUCUCAAGCAGCUGUACUGUCCUGCAGGAGUAAUUGUUGAUCGUUGGGAUCAAGUCUAUGUGGCAGAUUGUGGGAAUCAUCGAAUAAUGCGUUGGUGCGAAGGUAAAGAAGAAGGUGAAAUUAUUGUUGGCGGAGAUGGUGAUGGAGAUCAAUUGAAUGUUCCUAUGGGUUUAUCCUUUGACGAUAAAGGAAAUAUUUAUGUUACUGAUCGUUGGAAUUAUCGAAUUGAAAAAUUUGAAAUAAUUUUGUAA